AUGGCGAUCGAAUACCCGCCUUCAACGCCCAUGUCGUCGCUGGGCCGCGAGUUGGGCAUUAUGUUUGCCUUUAUUGGGGCUGGUUUGGUGACGAUGGCCAUUUACACAUUCGCUUGGAAGGGGCUAACAGAGUAUCAUGAAGUGGUCCAACGUAAAAACCUCGCUCAGGAUCUCGACCGUCGCAAAGCUUUCCACAGUCGUACAGCGCCUGCGGCAGAUACCCGACUCCUUGGGAGCCCGACGGCAGUCUCCCAUGGGCGAAGCGAACGAAUCGCGGAGAAAAUGUUGGAUCGAUAUGCUGUUCCUACGGACCGGGCUGAGUUGCCGGUUCAUGGGAUGGAGAUGGGACAGAGGAGUUCUGGGCAGAGCCAGGGUCAGACUCAGGGUCAGGGUCAGGGCUUGAUGAAUGGGAACGGGAAUGGUCACGGUGGUGAGGGGUUUGAUUUUGGAUUCGGGGCUGGGACAGGUACCUCUGGCCCAAGGGUUGUGGGGAGAGAUCUUCUGUGA